UUCCACUUUGUUUUAGAAGCAGAAGAAGAAGAGGAAGAAGGAGAACGAAAACGAAGCGCAUCAUCCAUCUUUGGGAAAGCACCAGCUACCUAACGAGAGACUAGAGAAGAACAAACAUCGGCCAUCAUGGGAGCCGUGCUGGGAUUGUGCUCCAUGGCGAGCUGGAUCCCAUGCCUGUGCGGCAGCGCCCCCUGCCUGCUGUGUCGAUGCUGCCCCAGCGGAAACAACUCCACUGUGACUCGCCUCAUCUACGCCUUCUUCCUGCUGCUGGGAGUGGGUGUUGCCUGUAUUAUGUUGAUGCCCGGCAUGGAGGGGCAGCUUAAGAAGAUUCCAGGUUUCUGUGAAGGUGGGAUGGGCUCGUCCAUUCCUGGCGUGGAGGGUCACGUGAACUGCGACGUUCUGGUUGGCUACAAGGCUGUGUACCGCGUUUGCUUCGGCAUGGCCAUGUUCUUCCUGCUCUUCUCUCUGCUCAUGAUCAAAGUCAAGAGCAGCCAAGAUCCCCGAGCUGCGCUGCACAACGGGUUUUGGUUCUUUAAGUUUGCUGCAGCUGCUGCCAUAACAAUUGGAUCAUUUUUCAUCACAGAAGGUCCCUUCACUACUGUGUGGUUCUACGUCGGCAUGGCUGGAGCCUUCUGCUUCAUCCUCAUCCAGCUGGUUCUCCUCAUUGACUUUGCUCAUUCCUGGAACGAGUCCUGGGUGGAGAAGAUGGAGGAGGGCAACUCUCGCUGCUGGUACGCAGCUCUGCUGUCGGUCACCACAAUCAACUACGUGUUGUCUCUGGUGUCCCUGGUCAUGUUCUACGUCUACUACACCCACUCUGACGGCUGCACCGAAAACAAGGUGUUCAUCAGCAUCAACAUGCUGCUCUGCGUCGGCGCCUCGGUCCUGUCCAUCCUGCCUCAGAUCCAGGAGUCCCAGCCCAGGUCUGGCCUGCUGCAGUCCUCCCUGGUUACCCUGUACACCAUGUACCUGACCUGGUCGGCCAUGACCAAUGAGCCUGACAGGAAAUGUAACCCGAGCCUUCUGGGUAUCAUCGGGCUGAACAGCACCAGUCCUGCAGGUCAGGACCAUGUGGUUCAGUGGUGGGAUGCCCAGGGGAUUGUGGGAUUGAUCCUCUUCCUCAUGUGUGUCCUCUACUCCAGUAUUCGUAAUUCGUCCAACGCCCAGGUCAACAAGCUGACUCUGACCAGCGACGAGUCGGCUCUGAUCGAGGACGGGCCUCAGAGCGACAACUUUGAGGAGGGCGGCGGCGUCAGCCGAGCUGUGGACAACGAGAAGGACGGCGUCACCUACUCGUACUCGUUCUUCCACUUCAUGCUGUUCCUGGCAUCGCUCUACAUCAUGAUGACUCUCACCAACUGGUACAGCCCCGACUCCAACUACGAAGCCAUGACCAGCAAGUGGCCCUCGGUGUGGGUCAAGAUCUCCUCCAGCUGGAUCUGCAUCGCCCUCUACGUGUGGACGCUGGUGGCUCCGCUGGUCCUGGUCAACCGGGACUUUGACUGAAUCCUGCUGUCCCACCGCUCGCACGCACACCCCCGUGCUCCGCUUUCACCUGUGUUUUUAAUUUUUUAGUUUCAGCGAAGUCCGUAGAACAGUAGGUAGCUAGCCCUGCGUCGGUUCCAGCGGGACGGGGGCUGCGCUCACACUGGCUCUUUCGGGACUCUCUCUCUCUCUCUCGUUCUUGGCGGCUGUGGCUCGUCUCUGUGGUCGGCCGAGGCGGGGCCGAUGAGCGGAGAGUCCUGUCCCAGCUCUGACUGCAGCCCGGGCUCCUCUGGUGUCGUGUCAUUGUGAACCCUGAGCAGCCUGUUGUCGUGGUUCCUCCCCCCCCCCCAUCCCAUGCUGUUUUCCAUUGUAAAUGUAUCCUGUGUGUUCCUAGUGGGUGAUUUUUAAGGGCGCUUUCACACCUACAGUUUGGUAGACUCGCGAUUCGGGAACUGAAGUUGUUGCAUUUUUCAUUUGGUCGGGUGUGCGUUCACACCGCACUCUGUCGAACACUGUCGAGACGGCCGCUUGUUCGUUGGACAGAAUAUCCAAAACUCGCCGACACUUCCGGUCUCAAACAAUGGAGCAACACCAUUUAUAACCUCUUAUAACCGUUUUCUGUUUCCGCUGUAGUGUUUCUCAUAUUUUAGAAGAAGGUGAACAAUGUGAGCAGCUGACAGACGGCGAGUAAAGGAGAGCCAGAGAGAUGAUGAUGAUGGUGAUGAUGUCACACAGACAACCAGCGACGUGUGCCCAGAACUGGACUAUCCGACCAAAAUGCUCCAGGGGGGGGCGGUUUUUAAAACGGACCAAACGAGGCCGGUGUGAAAGCGCCCUUAGUUUACUUUCUAUAAAGACGGCGCUGCAUGCUUUUCCCUUUUUUUUUUAAACCUGAUGUGACGUUAACAGUAGCUGUAUCUGAAGCGUUUUAUUGGCCGACGGCGGCUCCGACGGCGUGCUGACUGCAGGAUUAACCGUGGGAAUGCUGUUACGUAGAAAUGAACUGCUUAGAUUGGGCUGCUGUUGGUUUUAGAAGCAGGACUCCAGCUGUGGCGCUGAGACGAGAACUAAAGCGUACCAUGGCCAGGCGUGAGCAGUGCAGUGUAGCGCGUGUGUGUGUGUGUGCGCGGCAUUCUAGUCAUCAUGUGUUAAAGCUCUACCAGCUGUGUGUCCUCUGCAGCUUGCACUUACACAACAAAGGCAUUCCUGUUUUUGUUGUCUCUUGAUUUGAAUUGAAUUGUUUUGACUUUAAAUGUAAAAUAAGUUAUUUGGUAGUGUUUAGCAUGUACUGUAGUUCCUCACCUAUACAUUGGUAAGAUUGUCUCACCUGUGCUUUUAUCCUAACAUGAUUGUUUUUUUUUCUCUUGACAUGUAAAAGUAUAUCGUAACUCGUUUAAUAAAAGUGAUUUGAAAAGAA